AGACGGACAGCUGAGAUUGCCAAUCACUCUUACAGCAGCGCGGCCACGCGCACCAAUGUCGCCGGAUCAUCAGGACAGAAAUAGACACGGUGCGGAUCCUCUAACGCCUUGUGCCUUCAAACCCGGGCUGGAUCUCUGUCGUUUACCCCCUUAUUUCACUUCGCAGUCUUUACACAAUGGUCAUUAAAGUCUUCCUGGCGUCCUCCUCCGGAUCGACAGCGAUCAAAAAGAAACAGCAAGAUGUAGUUGGGUUUCUUGAGGCGCUUAAAAUCGAUUACUCACAGCUUGACAUCGCUUCAAAUGAGGAGAACCGCCAGUGGAUGAGGGAAAAUGUGCCGGGAGAAAUGAAGCCCACCGGCGGGAUUCCUCUUCCUCCUCAGAUCUUCAAUGAGCAGAUAUAUUGUGGGGACUAUGAGACAUUCUUUAAUGCUAAGGAGGACAACGCAGUCUAUGAAUUUUUGGGUCUGUCACCUCCACCAGGAUCAAAGGAGGCAAAACAUGCAGAAAAUUCACAAAAACUUCAUAAUGGAUCUGGCACAGAGGAACACCUUCACGAUGACACAACAAGAAAGGAAAUUCAAGAAGCUGAGCAGAACGGUGACGCACACCCAGCAGAGCUGGAGGAUGCUCAAGAAGAGAAAGAGGAAGAAGACGAACCGGAGGCUGAAGAAGAAGACGAGAGUAGAGAAGUAGCUGUGGAGGAAAACCAGGAUGAAGGAGAUGAAGACAAGGUAGAGGACACCCAUCUGGUCUCAGAGGCAGAUGAAGAUUUGAUGUCUGAGGAUGAAGAAGAACUACAAAAGCUUGAGGAGGAGGAGGAGGAGGAACAGGGCUCAGAGGAGGCUGAAGACUAGAAUUCUGAAUCUUAGGAGUUGUGGAGCUGGAUCUUCCUGCAGAGCGUGAAGUACAGUAACAUGCCACCUGCCCUGAAGCUGUCUGCCAAAAUCUCCCACAAACACCUGCAUCAGAUCAUUGCUCAGGCCACACGUGACACCACUGCACUGGAGGAAAUGCGCUCAGGACACACUAGCCGCCAACCGUAGUAAACGCACCUCUUCCCACAGCGAUGAGGUCGCCGAAUGCCUUUUGCUUUUGUUGUUCACACCCACCUAGUGUCGCUUGUUUCUAAGUAGCGUUGCAUUUCAAAUGAAUGAGAAUGUAUUUUUUUUAUUAUUGUAAGUAUAGAUCGUAGUUUACGUCUGUUAAACUAACACGUUGAGUCUGUUCUUAAGAGUCCCAAAUUUGCACAAAAUGACACUGCUCAAUGUAGAGACUGGCAUUUUACCAGUUUAGCUCAAACCAUAGUCAAGUUAAAGUUUAAAUUAGAAAAUAAAAAUGUAAAAGUCCCAACCGCUCCAUUGUUUACGGUCUAUCAUGCCUGAUUUAGUUGCUUUCUCUGUAGUCAGUUGGCAGAUUUAAUGCACUUUGUAUGAGUGGAAAUACCCUUAUUCGCCAUUAAAAGUUGUAAAGGCCCUG